AUGGCACAACGAGUUACCUACCGCCGUCGCCUUGCUUACAACACUCGUAGCAACAAGACCAGAAUCAUCAAGACUCCUGGUAACAAAGUACGCAACUUGCAUAUCAAGAAGCUUGGCACCAUCCCUCGUUGCGGUGACACAGGCGUUCCUUUGCAAGGUAUCCCCGCUCUGCGUCCUCGUGAGUUUGCUCGUCUUUCCCACAACAAGAAGACCGUCCAACGUGCUUAUGGCGGUAAUUUGAGUGCCAAUGCUGUGAAGGACCGUAUUAUUCGUGCCUUUUUGAUCGAGGAACAAAAGAUUGUCAAGCAAAAGCUUAAGCAAAUGUCUUCCCAAAAGUAA